CCAGUUUCGUCUUGAUAUGUACUUUAUCCACUCGACAAUAAUCCAUUAUUAGACAAAUUAUUGAUUUCACACUGAAAAUGAGAGCGUUAUGAUAUUUUAAAUUAGAAUGAAACUAUAGAGACCUGCAUUGAGAAGCGAACAACCACUUUUAGAUCCAUUUACACCAUGAGACACGAAGACAGCCUGUAGCAAGACAGCAAUAGAAAGAAAUCCUUCACGAGAGGAAGAAAGAGAGCCACCGAUCAUGACAGCAUCACAGUCCAACUUCUCUCAACUAAAAGACUUCUUAUUCUACCUAGCCACAAUCAAAGGCGACCUCUCCAACAUUUCCGCUCCCCCAUUCCUCCUCUCCCCCAAAUCCGUAACUGAGAUCCCAGCAUCAUGGGCGUCACACCAUGAUUUAUUCCUGCAGCCCGCGCGCGAGACAGACGCAGCUCGCCGCGCCCUGCUAGUCCUCAAGAACUUUCUCUGCAGUCUCCAUCACCAACUUCACCGGCCAAUCAUAGAAUCGGAUUCCGGGCCGAAGAAGCCGCUCAACGCGUUCCUGGGGGAGCUGUUCAUAGGGGAAUUCGGGGAGGAGACCUCGCCGACUCGUCUAGUGGCGGAACAAGUCUCGCAUCAUCCACCGGUCACGGCUUGUGCGCUGUAUAACCGCGUCCACGGCAUCCUCUCGCGCGGCUACGUGGCGCAGGAGACGACGUUCAACCCCGUGUCGGGCGUGCGCGUGGAGCAGACGGGACACGCCAUCGUGCGCGACGAGAAGCAUGGCGAGUCGCAUCUGCGCACACUCCCCACGAUGACGGUCAAGGGUUUGUUAUCUGGACAUCCGUACCCGGAGCUCGAGGGCGUGUGCUACAUCUCUUCUUCUUCGGGAUACCUGUCUACCAUCGAAUUCACGGGAAAGACGUCGCUUGGAGGCGGGAUGAAGAAUUCAGUGCGCGCAGAGCUAAUUAGCGUGAGGGAGGAGGAGGGGAGAGAGGAGAAGGGGCGCAAGCUGUUCGAGGUCACCGGCCAGUGGAGUGGACGGCUCGUUAUAAGGGAUUGCGUGGCGGAUAUGGUUCUCGAGGAGUUCGACGUCGCUGAUAUCCCUACGAGCGAGGCCCGCGUCAAGCCUCUCGAAGAGCAAAGUCCGUGGGAGUCGAGGAGGGCGUGGGCUGGUGUUGCUGAGGGCAUUCGCGCGGGGGACAUGAAGCGGGUCUGCGCCGAGAAGGCGGAGAUCGAAGAAGCACAGAGAGACAUCCGGAGAGCGGAGGAAAUGACUGAUGCCAAGUGGUCGAGUGUUUUCUUCCGCGCGAUGAACGACAGUCGGGAGUUCGAGGUCCUCGCUGGGGCUAUACCAAAUGCUGAGGCGAGGCGGUUGUUGCAGGAUAGGACGGCUGGUGUGUGGGAGUUUGUCGGGGCAGAUACUGCGGAAGCUUUUAUUUCUGAAGGCGUUUAUCAUCGAUCUCUAGAACCUACGGGUCAGAUAGGGAUUUGAUGAUGAGGUUGAUUGAUGCUAUUAUAUUAGGCACUUAGAUAUAGACCGAGGCAUAUUACGUCUUAGAUCCUUAAUUCUAUUUCCUUU